AUGCCAUCCGACGGCAACAAAAACAAGAUGACCAACCCAGAUGGCGGGGAUGUCAUCCGAACGCAAACGGACCUAGAAGAUGGCAGCGUUGAGAAGAUGAAGCAAGGGGAGAUCGAUCCUGCGCUUGCCUUUAUCAAUGGCGAACAAAUCCAGUUCACCCCUGAAGAAGAAGCCCGAGUCGUGUCUCGCAUCGACUGGGCGUUGAUGCCUUUGCUAUGCUGGAUCUAUGCACUACAGUUUGCCGACAAAACAUCCCUCAAUUACGCUUCGCUUAUGGGCAUUCGCGAAGACACCAACUUGGACCCUCAGAGUCAGCAAUACAGCUGGACAUCGAGCAUUUUCUAUGCAGGCUACAUAUUAUGGGAAUUCCCAACAACAUAUCUCCUUCGAGCCCUGCCCCUCGGCAAAUAUACAUCAGCAAACAUCAUUCUCUGGGGUAUCGUUCUCGUUUGUCACAUAUUCGCCUUCAACUACGCGGGUCUCUUAUCAGUCCGCUUCAUGCUUGGAGCACUGGAAAGUACGGUUACACCCGCAUUUGUCCUGCUCACAUCAGCAUGGUACAAACAAAACGAGCAAGCCAAACGCAUGGGAUUCUGGCUUAGUUGCAAUGGCGUUGCUCUUUUGACCCUUGGACCUAUAGCGUACGCUCUUUCCGGCGCCAAAGGCACAGUCAUGGCUACAUGGAAGAUUCUCUAUCUGGUUCUCGGCCUCCCCACCAUUCUCACUGGCGCUUACUGUUGGUGGUUCAUGCCGGAUAAUCAAACCAACGCACGCUUCCUAACUCACCGAGAAAAGGCGAUUGCUAUUGAGCGCAUCCGUGGCAACUUCCAGGGCAUUGGCAGCCGCAAGUGGAAAUGGGAUCAGUUCUUUGAGGCCUUUCGCGAUCCUCGUACGUAUCUGUACGUCUUGUUCUCGCUGCUCAUGAACAUCCCCAACGGCGGCAUCACUGCUUUUGGCUCCAUCAUCAUCAACUCGUUUGGCUUCAACGCUAGGCUUUCGCUGUUGCUCAACAUGCCUACGGGUGCCGUUGACAUCACCUGCAAGCUGCUUUUCACAUACCUCUCGGACAAGCUGUUGGACAGAUCUUUGUUUGCUUUUAUUGCUAUUCUCAUUCCCAUGAUUGGCGGCAUCAUGAUGAUUGUAAUACCGCUAUCCGCGAAAGCCGGUCUUCUCGUGGGUUACUAUUUGAUUGGCGCGGCCGGAGCUUCGUGGUGCCUGAUCAUGGUAAUGAUUUCGAACAACACUCUUGGGUACACGAAGAAGGCAACCGUCAACGGACUUCAGAUUCUUGCUUACGGCGCCGGUAAUUGGAUUGGUCCGCAGACGUUUCGAUCUAACGAGGCACCCGUUUACAAGAAUGGCAAACUCAUGGUGGCUAUCAUGUACGGCCUCGCCGCGCUUACUAUUGUCGCUAUUCGGCUUGUAAACAUUCGGGAAAAUAAGCGCCGGGACAAGAAAGCAGCUGAACAGCCUGAGGUUGUCGCCCCCGGAACCGAAUUCUUGGACUUAACAGACUUUGAGCAGCCCAACUUCCGAUACAUUCUUUGA